AUGGGAAUCGAUGAAACUUCAGAUUUCAUCUGCUGUUUGCUAUUGCUGAGUUAUUUUCUAUUUCCAGUGUUGGUAGCCUUAUAUGAAGAACCAGAGAAACCAAAUAGUGCAUUGGACUUUCUAAAGCAUCAUCUAGGAGCUUCAGCUCCUGAAAAUCCAGAAAUAGAGGCACUUCGCUUGGAAGCAGCAGAGAUGAAAGAAAAAUAUGAAGCUGUGCUGGAAGAGAAUAAAAAACUCAAAAGCAAGCUGGCUCAGUAUGAACCACCUCAAGAAGAGAAGCGUGGUGAAUAGCAAUAGUUUCUUCUUUAAUGCCUUGACUGAAUAAAGGGCUUCCUGAGAA